ACUCAGGUAGCUUGCGGUUGCAUCGCCUGCGACCCGCUGCCUCGCUAGCGGCAACUUGGAGGCUGCAGCCACCACUCGGGCCCACAGGGUGCCUUGGCCUCCUCGUAGACAGUGCGCCGGCUCCACCGCGCGGGCCCCCUGGCCAGCCGCUUCCUCCCGUGCCGAGGCAGCCGCAGUGACCCCGCCCCCGGGCCGAGGAUGUGAGAGACUGGCCGGGCGUCCCCGCACCGGGCCCGGGCGCCGGGAGUCGGCGGCUCGGCAGCGCUGGGCGAUGGCCCUGCUGCCGGUGCUCUUCGCCUCCUGGGGCUUGGGGCAGUGAGGUGCCGGCGGGCGAGGGGAAACGGCCCUGGCGCGGCGGGGACCAAGGGGCCUGGGGCGCCAUGGAGGGGGUGCUGUACAAGUGGACCAACUAUCUGAGCGGUUGGCAGCCUCGGUGGUUCCUUCUCUGUGGGGGGAUAUUAUCCUACUAUGAUUCUCCUGAAGAUGCCUGGAAAGGUUGCAAAGGGAGCAUCCAAAUGGCGGUCUGUGAAAUUCAAGUUCAUUCCGUAGAUAAUACACGCAUGGACCUGAUAAUCCCUGGGGAGCAGUAUUUCUACCUGAAGGCCAGAAGUGUGGCUGAGAGACAGCGGUGGCUGGUAGCGUUGGGGUCAGCCAAGGCUUGCUUGACUGACAGUAGGACCCAGAAGGAAAAAGAGUUUGCUGAAAACACUGAAAACUUGAAAACCAAAAUGUCGGAACUGAGACUGUACUGUGACCUCCUUGUUCAGCAAGUGGAUAAAACAAAAGAAGUGACCACAACUGGUGUGUCCAAUUCUGAGGAAGGAAUCGAUGUGGGAACUCUGCUGAAAUCCACCUGCAAUACUUUUCUGAAGACUUUGGAAGAAUGCAUGCAGAUAGCAAACGCGGCCUUCACCUCUGAGCUCCUCUAUCGUACUCCCCCAGGUUCACCACAGCUGGCUGUGCUCAAGUCCAACAAGAUGAAACAUCCUGUUAUACCGAUUCAUAACUCAUUGGAAAGGCAAAUGGAGUUGAACAGUUGUGAAAAUGGAUCUUUACAUAUGGAAAUAAAUGCUGAUGAAGAAAUCCUAAUGAAAACUAAAAGCUCCUUAUAUUUAAAACCUGCAGAGAUAGAUUGCAGCAUAUCAAGUGAAGAAAAUACAGAUGAUAAUAUAACAGUCCAAGGUGAGAUCAUGAAGGAAGAAGGAGAGGACAGCCUGGCGAAUCAUGAUAGCAGCUUAGCACAGCCUGCUUCAAACUCCUCCAGUAGCUCUCCGGAAUCCCACUGGGAAGAAGGCCAAGAAAUCAUCCCAACUUUUUUUAGUACCAUGAAUACCAGCUUUAGUGACAUUGAACUUCUGGAAGACAGUGGCAUUCCCACAGAAGCAUUCUUGGAGUCAUGUUAUGCUGUGGUUCCAGUAUUAGACAAACUUGGCCCUACGGUGUUUGCUCCUGUUAAAAUGGAUCUUGUUGGAAAUAUUAAGAAAGUAAAUCAGAAGUACAUAACCAACAAGGAAGAGUUCACCACCCUCCAGAAGAUAGUGCUGCAUGAAGUGGAGGCUGAUGUAGCCCAAGUUAGGAACUCAGCUACAGAAGCCCUCUUGUGGCUAAAGAGAGGUCUCAAAUUUUUGAAGGGGUUUUUGACAGAAGUGAAAAACGGAGAAAAGGAUAUCCAGACAGCCUUGAAUAAUGCAUAUGGUAAAACAUUACGGCAGCACCACGGCUGGGUGGUUCGAGGAGUUUUUGCGUUAGCUCUGAGGGCGGCUCCAUCCUAUGAAGACUUUGUCGCCGCAUUAACCAUAAAGGAGGGCGACCACCAGAAAGCAGCCUUCAGUGUUGGGAUGCAGAGGGACCUCAGCCUCUACCUCCCCGCCAUGGAAAAGCAGCUGGCGAUCCUGGACACUUUAUACGAGGUCCACGGACUGGAGUCUGACGAGGUGGUAUGACGUCGGCAGGACCGCGCCGCCUCCUAACUUCAGGGAAUAAAGUCUGCUAAAGUGUUUUGUUGCCCUGCUUAAUUUCAGCAGCAGCUUCAGCCCUCUCCAACCCCUUCCUUGGGAUGGAGAGAAGGAGGCAAAGCCUAGUGCUUUUAUAUAUAAUUUUUUUAAAUGCAUAUAUGUCUUUUGUGUGUUUAAAAAUCAAGGUGCUAUAUAUUUCAGUUCAAAGGGCCUCCUGGAAACCAAAUCAUAGCUGUUAAUAUUAGACUUGAACGGCAAGUGUAAGAGCAGAUUUAACAAAUUAAUUUGUCGGUAUUGUGUUUUAUUUUUACCCUUUAGUUCUAAUGGGCCUCCCAAACCCAAGCUGAAAAUGAGCAAAUACUGUAUCAAGGACUACAACACAUAGCCAGUGCUUCAGUCAACUUAGACUAAAAACUGGGGGGAAGCUCAGUCACUUUGUGGAAGCUGUUGAAAUGUGGAAUCUGGUAUUCCUAGACAUUCAGAGAAUCCUCUUCUUCAUGGUUCUGUCAGCAAGAAGAGCCUGUGUCGUCCGGGUGUCCGCGGCACUGGUGUGGGCCUGUCCCUAUGGAAGGAGGAAGACACAAGGAGUGCCAUCCCUAUUUAUCUGAGGGGAAACUGCAUCUCCUAUACCCAACCCCACGGUGGAGGACAGCAUGGCAGUGACGCAGCUUGUCACCCGAGAUGACCCCUAUUCAGUGCUUUGCCAGCAUGCUUUCCCAGGCAUCAUCUGACUUGGACAUUACAGUGAAACUGACAUCCAAGCUUAUUGUCCAUUUCAGAAGUAAGGUUGGGAAGUUGAGGGAUUUGCUCACAGUCACACAGCUUCUAACGAGAGAUGCGGGUCACUCCAGAGUGUGAUCUGGACCACCUCUGCAUCAAAAUCACAUGGAGUACUCCUUCAAAAAGCAAAUUCCCCAUUAUAUGUUUAUAAAAAAAUUUUAAAAUUAAAAAAAAGAAAGCAAAUUUCCAGGCUUUACCCCCACCUGAAGGACCAGAAUAGCGGGGGUAGGACUUAGGAAUCUGCAUUUGAAUAAAAUUUAGAGGUGAUUCUUUUGCACCCAGGGUUGAAGAACCACAAGAUUAAAUUCUAGUUUAAAUUCUAGUUCACAGGACUCCCCAUCUUCCACCUGAACUAAAUGAUAGGUCCCUUUUUUCCCCCCAAAAAUGGAAAUUGUAUUUCCAUUGAAAUACAAUAGUUAAAGAGAGAGCGAGAAAUGGAGCAAGUUUGCUCACAGUUUUCUUGAUUGAACUGGUCUCAGCGCCCAGCUAGCAGGCUUCGGCAUCACAUUCGGAGACCACAGUUCCGAAUGUGCAAAAUGAUCAAUCCUGGUAUAGCCGCCAGUAGCGCACAACAAGCCCAAGACAGUUGCUCAUCAAUCUCAAAAGCUUUGGGACUGUGUCCAGAUUUAAAGGUGGGAUUUAAACUUGGAUCCAGCAACCCUGGGUAGGCAUUCUCCUGAAAAGUGUGUGAUACCAGGAAUCUCUAGUAGGUCAAGGUGCCAAGAGUGGGCAUGGGUGGGAAGUCAUGGUGGCUUCCCCACCGGGGACUCUUCCUUCUAGUAGCUAGAAGAGAAGUUCCAGCAGGAGGUAGUGCCCCAGAGUAGAACGUGAGUUCCUUCAAAGGACGCAGGUGAAUGCUACCUGAGCAGCCCCUAAGAUGAUACUUUUCCUAGGGCAAAGAGAACCCACUCUUUAGGCAGAGACUGACAUAGAGAGGGGUUUUGAUUUUGUCUUUUGUUUGUCCUUAAACAAAUUGGCAUUCACUUAGCCCAGGUUAAUGAAACAGGUACUCCACUCACUAAGGACCUUUGGAAAAUGCUUAAACUUAGAAAAAUGAAUGUUUUAAGGCUGGGGGAAAAGGUGCUAAAAUAAUAUUGAUUCUUUUGUAUUUUAGCACUUGCUGUUGGCAACUGCCAAGUGGGGUAUGUCAUUUCCCCCCACUCCCACGAGUAGUUAGCGGGGAUAUCCUCUGGUUAGUGUGAGUAUGGUGGCAGAACUAGAGGAUAAUUCAGACUUCCUGUCCUUAACCUAGCCAGUCUUUGCUUGAACCUUGAAUGAGGACACUUUAGGCAUUAUGCUGUUGGGAGAGGAUGUCCGCAGGAGACCAUAAGUCUCCAUCCUGAGCAACUGCUGCUGCCCCCCGUCACCUCAAGUGAACUCUGUGGGCUCUUGGAAAAGGGGCAGGCACACAAAACCACCACAGAUUGGCCACCGAGGCUCCCGGUAUACACAGAAAGCAAGCUGCUCGGCAUCGCCCUUUUACAUGUAUUUAGGUACUGCCUUGGUUUAUAGACUUCCGUUUUCUGGGGAAGAAGAGUUUAGUAUUAUCUAGGAUCCUUGGGAGCCCAGAUCAGGGUAGCUUGAAUAACUUGAACAGGUUAUAUUUUGUACUCCCUCUUUUCCCACCCCUGCAGAAAGGUUUUUGAUAGGUAUCUUCCUCGCUGGAGUGUGUUCAGUUUGCCUGAGAUGUAUAAAGCUUUGGGGGUCCUAAAUAACAGCUUAGAUUAGGUGAUAUACUAGGUGAUAAAUUCAACUUGGCCUGAGGUUUGGCACAGUCAGAGCUUCCUCCUGGAGCUAUGGCAUUAGCUUCUAUUUCAAGUACUAAUCUGCAGGUAUCGCCUAAGAUGGGAACAAAGAGAAAAGAUAGUUAAGACCUUUUCUGCAUGAUCCUCCACGGUUUCUGGAACAUCUCAGCUUUCUUCCCCCCAGACAGUGAGAGGAGAUGAAAACACUAGUCUGCCUGUGGACAGAGGAAUCACCUUGCUUUCGUUCCUCGAAACAUUUUUAGGAGUCCUUUUUUAGAGUAAUCUUUAGAGAGAUCUGGAAGAAAAAGGUUAAUUUGUCUUCUAGGAAUUAGUAGAAGCUAUUAAGUAACAUUUGGAUAAUCCUUACAAAGUGCUUGCAAAUACAUAAUUUCAUCAUAUGCGCACUUCUUCCCACAGGAGAAGCCAGACUUGACAUGUAGGAGGGAUCGAUGUGUAGUUGUCCAGUGGAACAAAAUCCUUUCAGCGAUGGCAAGUUUUUUGUCCUUUGAAAGUAAAUUUGAUUCGUUAUAGCUAAUCCUGAUGAAAAAUGUUAAGUGAGAAGGAUACCUUUUGGGGGCAAAACCAACUUAUGACUAUGAGGUGGAGAUGGUUCUCUCGUCAGCUCUUGAUCCGGCCCUGUAGGGGGUUCUGGAAGCAGGGCUCUCAGGAUGUGGAACAUCUCCAUCCCCAGGAACUGGACUUGGAAAGGCAGUGUUCAUUAGGAUGUGUAAGUGGUGGCUUGGGGCACCUUGUCAUCACUCUUUGCAUGUCAUUCUGAACAUAAAACUUCCUCAAAUGUCAGUUUGCACGCAAAGGGGUAUCUGAACUUCAGAAUUCAGCCUCAUUGCUUCCCUCUCCUGUUUUCUCUUAUGAAAGAUUGCCUGCAGAGCCCCCUCCGAGCACCAGAUCCGAGCACCAAAUUCAUGCCCCGUCUUAGCUAUUCCACCCCAGCAUCCCCACAGCAUCCCCGAACACGUAUGCGGGGCACCCAGUACAGACCUAGCCCAAGGUGAGGUGUCCAGUCAGUGCGGGUUCUGUUCCUCUCUUGGACUUCGGGAGCUUCUCUAAAGACCCUCCAUUCCCACAUGUAGCUGGGAAGCAGGUAGCACCAUGUGCAGCAAAUGCCCUCUCCGUUGAGCGCUGCUGGGGAAGUAUGUGGGCUUCUCUUUUUGACUCUUAAUUGGACAUAAUGUAGAUGUCCCAAAAGUUAAUGCUUUCAACUUUACAUUUUCACAACAGUGCUUUUAAUUAAGAAAAAUGCAUGGUAGGAACCAGUAUUUCUUAAGUAAGAGGCAUCGUAUUAAGGAGACUUAGUCUGAGGAUGAAAGUCAUAUAUGUGAAGAAACGUCAUUUAAGCAGUGAGUCAGAUGUUCAUGAACAAUAUAAGGUGAUGUGAGGCGACUUUCAGAAAGAAAAUUAUUUUUAUGUUUUUUUCUAUUUAAACGACUGCAUCCCACAAGCAGUUGGUUACUUAAUGGUGCAUUUCUGAAUCAUUGAUUAAAAUCAGUUGCUUCUGGUUUUAGUCCUGGGUUUUACAACUCUUCAGCUUCCUAUUCUGAUGUUUUGUGUGUGUGUGUGUUUUUUUUUUAAGGUAGACAACCAACCUUUUUUACAUUUUUAGAUUUGGAAUUUGUAAGUAAAGUAUAUUUUAAGCUAUCAUUCUGUGAGCUUAACUGAUGUGCUUGGUGGUAGAGGGCCUGACAUCAGAUGCCCUCUGUGAUGUGGUAUGGUCUGUACAUCAGCAUCAGCGUGUAUGGUAAAUCUGUGUCCGUGUGAGGUGUCUAUAGAGGGCUUUAUUUGGAAAUACGUUCUGCUUCUGGACGUCCCUUUGUAACCUGCAGUUGCUUACUCAGGGCUUUCAUAAUAAUGACAUAAAAAGAUAUUCAGUAGCUGUCUAACAGUAUUUUAAGACUGCUUAUCAAUUACAAGGUUGUUAGGGAUCAUUCAACAAUUCCACGAACAUCCUGUUCCCUAGACCGUCUCUGCAAACACUCCCGGCCCCCUCCUGUCGCAGCCAGUAGUCGUGUGUACAGAGACCAUUUGCAUGAUUCCUUGUUGCACUGCCGCACUAAGGCACUCCAGGGCAUGGUUCAGUGAUCAGGGGCGGUAUGGUUGACGCAUGCAUUGAUCUUUCUCCCCCACUGUUUUUAUAUAGCCUUUCAUUAAAAGGAACAACAACAACAACAACAACAACAACAAAACUACGACUCUGUAAUGCAAAAGUUUGCAAGAUUUUUCUGGUUACCCUUUUUAAUCACUUCUCUUUCAGAAUGAACAGGUGUUUUCUGCUAAGCUAUAUGAGAACCCAAGAAAGAGAUCCUGCUUGUUUUAAGCACCAUUCUUUCUAAUAGAUUUUAAAGUGUGGUCAGUAUUUCUUCCUUGAACUUUAUAAACAGCAACCACCCUGGGAUGGCUGGCACCCCUUGCGAAACGGAUGAGGUCACAGACUCCUGUGUACGUAUCUCUCCAAAGGUGUGGUGGAUUCAGGGAUGACAAGAAGGGUGAUAGAAGUAUUCUGUCGCUUCCAGAAGGCUAAUGAGCCAGUGUCGUGGCAUGUUUGAUGUCUGAGUCCCCAGUGUCAUGAUAGUUUCACUAGAAUGUCAGUAAACAGCCCAACUACCUCACGUGAAAUUGGCUGUGGACAAUCUGUGUCAGAUGAGACGUGCAUUUAAGGUUGACUUAAUCUGGUUAGUAGAUUGGACAAAAUGAUGUCUCUAUAAAGAAGAAAAACAUUAGACCAGAUGCCAAAGGCUACAAUGUACAUAGAUUUCCUUGGGUUAAUUUUGUAAGUCAGUGUUGAAUUCCAGCCCCAGUAUUCUUAUCGCGAGUGUUUGUGGUCUCAUAGAUCUGUGCACUCUGAAUACCUGUCACAUGCAGUCUGUGUUAACUGUCCUUGUCCUAAAGCAUUUUGAAUGAGCGGCAUAAUGACAGUAGAAAGCAAGUGUCAAGUAGUUUGUUGGUUUGUUAAUUUUAAUGGGCCUUUAUUUAGAAUAAUGUAUUGGAGCCAUUGGGGACCAACCAGUGAAUGAGAAUUUCAUGUUUAGUUUUCAUGUAAAACUCUGUCCGAGUCCUUACUCUAUAUUUUGUGGGGAGGGUUUUACUUUUUUGGCAAAAAUGUUUGAAAACAUCUGUCAGAUUUUAUAUUCGUUAGUUAUAAUAAACUUAUUUUUAAAGUA